AUGGAUGUAAGAGGUCUAAAUUUGGUCAAUGGUGUGCGACUGGAUAAAGUUUGGACAACGGAUAGAUUACCAAUAGCAGCUGACAGUAUUCCGACCAAGUUGGAUAUAAAAGGAUGGUCUCACCUGAAUGAUAUAGAAUUGCCAGAGAUAGAAGUUAAAGAUGUUACUCUCCUCAUUGGGAACGAUGUCCCCGAGGCACAUUGGGUUCUUGAGGAGCGUCGUGGUGAAAGGAAACAACCAUAUGGUAUUCGAACACUACUUGGUUGGACAUUCAUUGGACCAAUGGGCAGAAAGAAGCGUGGAGGUAACAGCAUCAAUUUUAUUAAUGUUGACCAAGUCUUGGACUCUGAUUCCCCAAUUCAGUGUCUCGAACCUAUAACUUCUCAGCUUCAUCGCAUGUACAAUGCAGAUUUCACAGAGUCCUUGUUUGAUACCAAGGCAUGUAUGUCGCUGGAAGAUAGAAGUGCAAAGGCGAUCAUGGACAGUUCAGUUUGUCUGAUUGAGGGUCACUACCAGCUGGCUCUUCCUUGGCGAUAUGAUGAUCCCUGCUUACCCAACAACAAAUGGUCUGCUCUAAAGAGGUUGAAGCUACUGAAGAGGCGUCUAUUAAAAGAUCCUGCACUUAUGAAGAAAUAUAAAGACACAUUGGAUGGUUACAUCUCCCAGGGUCAUGCAAGAAGAAUGCCCAAUGUGGAUUCAUCAGCAACGAAGUCUGGCUCUACUUGGUAUUUACCUCAUCAUCCAGUAAUCCACUCGAAUAAACCAGAGAAGGUGAGAGUUGUUUUUGACUGCGCUGCCAAAUACCAAGGCACAUCUCUUAAUGAUCAGCUUCUGCAAGGUCCUGAUCUAAAUAAUACCCUUGUGGGAGUACUUCUUCAAUUUCGAAAAGAGCCAGUUGCCAUUGUUGCUGACAUCAAGCAAAUGUUCCAUCAAGUUAAGGUGAAGAAGACGGACUGCGAUGCACUAAGAUUCUUAUGGUGGCCGGAAGGAGAUUUAUCUAAAGAUCCAGCCGAUCAUCAAAUGUUGGUGCAUCCAUUUGGUGCCACAUCUUCACCAAGCUGUGCAGCAUAUGCUCUGAAGAGAACUGCAGAUGACAACAGAAGUAAUUAUGACACUCAUAUUGUGGAUACUGUUUAUAGAAACUUCUACGUCGAUGAUUGUCUGAAGUCUGUUGCUAGUGUUGAAGAAGCCAAGGAACUGGUGAAACUGUUGCCUGAAAUGUUAGCUAAAGGAGGUUUUCAUCUAACAAAAUGGAUAUCCAACUGUCGGGAAAUCUUAGCACUGAUCCCAGAAGCUGAGCGUGCUUCUUCAGUGAUGAAUCUAGAUAUGGAGAACUUGCCGAUUGACAGAGCUCUUGGCAUCCAAUGGGAUGUUGAAAAGGAUGCCUUUAACUUCAGAAUUGGCGACAGACUGAAAGAAGAGACACGCAGGGAGAUGUUAUCAUUCGUGGCUUCAGUCUACGACCCACUUGGAUUCGCUGCCCCCUUUGUUUUACCGGCAAAACGAAUCUUACAAGAAUUAUGUCGUGUUGGAUAUGGAUGGGAUGAAAAGGUACCAGAAGAUCAACUGUCGAAUUGGAGAGAAUGGAGGAAAAAAAACUACCUACUUUGA